AUGGAUUGGAAGUAUAAUAGCCAUUUGAAUCCUACACGUUCCUCAUUAUCUCUUCAAUUAGAAAAUGGGCCAUUUUUAACAAGUGAUACUUGUAUAGAUCAAAUACAAUUAGAUGAUUUGGUAGCUCCGACUCAUGAUUGUUCCUGUUUUAAACUACCUCCAAUACGAUUAAAAACAAGGAAAUUACAUCAUCGUCAUAAAGACAGUCAGUUCAGUGAAAAAUUAGAUUCUAUUUAUUCUAGAUCUAGUCCACCCAAUAAUCAAAUUGCAAUUAAUGCAAGUACAGGAAAACUGCAGCAACAACCACAAUCAAUCUACCAGCUAAAUGAAUUAAACGAUGACACAACACAGCAACUGUGUCAACAGAAUGCAACUAAUAAACUUAGUAUAUCCUCAAUUAAAUUAGAAGUUCCCGUACUACCUUUCGCAAAUCAAACGCAGGACAAUACACAACAGAUUAACCAAAAUAAACUUCAAUGGGCAGUGAAACAUUUGUACAAAAAACAUGAUUGGAAAAUCAUCGGAACACAUAAAAAGCAUACCGAACAACUGAAACAUUUAUGUCGACAAAUUCUAUGGUAUUUUCUUACUACAGCAUUCAUUAGUACAUCAUUUGUUUGUUUUAUAGAAUGCGUACCGAAUAUCUAUGUUUACACUUACUGGGAUAAUUCAACUUUUCAGGAACUUGUAAAUCCUCCGUCAUUGGCUUCUUAUACUAUAUCAUUUUGGUUAAUUUUAAUUUACCCGAUAUACCUCAUCAUCAAUUUGUUAUUCCGUUUGGAAGCAUUGACAGUCACUGAAAUGAUUAUGAACCAUGCUAUCAUUGUAGCAAGUGAUCAACCAAAAAUUAUGAAAAUUAUUGCUAGGUGUAGUCUUUUAUCAAGUUUAUGGCAAAUAUUUAUACACUGUUAUAUUCGCAGUCUAAGAAUUAUAACACCAAUUGAUUGUGCCGCUAUCACAGCUGUACUCCCUUGUUUUUUGUACUUAUUAUGCUGGAUUAUUGUACAUAGACGAUUUUGUGCUUUACGGGUCAUCGCAUUCAUUAUGGCUUCCAGUGGUGUAAUUUUGAAUAUAUACAGUGAUCAAUUGGUAAUGUGGUACAAAUGUCUUACUAGUGUGUCAAUAAUUAUCUUUUCGUUAUUUAUAGUUGUUUUGAAACGAAUUAUUAAUAAGCCCACUGUUGGACAAAUGGCUUGUUUUUAUUUCGCAUUGGGCGUAUUCAACAUUUUAAUUACUUGGCCGAUUUUUGUAUUCACCUCUAUUAUAACCUCAACAGAAGUAAUAACUUGGAUAUAUUUACCAUGGGAUUAUUUUAUUGGUGUAGGGAUUUCAUAUUUAGGUAUCACUGUUUUUAUGGAUAUGAGUUGUCGUAAAUCAAAACGAAUUAUAAGAGCCAUUCAACCAUUAUGUGCAUUACCCAUUUGUAUUGUUUAUGAAUUAUUUUGGAUGAAACGAAUAUUGAUAAUGUCUUCAGUACAAAUUUCAAGUUUAAUUUUGAUCACAAUGGCUUGUCUACUGAAUGCAUUUCCAACUAGUUGGCAAAAGCAUAUUGCAAAAAUGUUAAAAAAGAAUCGUUCACCCAAAUCUCAACCAACUACUAAUAAACGUUCUAUUAGUUUAAUACAAAGAAAUAAAACUUCUAUGGUUAUACCAUCAUCAGGAAGUACACCUAUGUCUAGUAUACAACGUUCAUCUAUUAUAAAUGUGAAUCCAAUUAAUUUAAAUACAAGUUAUAAUAACAAUAAUAAUUCUUCAAUUCGUCCAUUAAGUGCUGGUUCAAUACGUCAUGGAAGUAUUAUUCAUUCAUUAAAAACAAAAAUCUGA